UCCCGGAGGGACCAGAUGAAGCACAUCUGGACAGCUGCGCCCGCGCGCGUGCGGUCUCUUAGGGGCCGGCGGCACCCAGGCACGUCCCGCACGUCGUCUGCGUCUGGCCAUCCGGCUGUGACUGAUUCAGUUUCGCCGAGAAGCAGCCAGGGCGCCAAGCUCGGAACCUCCCGCACCCCCAGGAGAAGGGCUGGGCCCGUCCAGCGCGGCUUAAUUUUCAGGGGCUCUGGGAUCAAAGGACAGAAACGGCAACAACAAAAGCCCAGCCGCGGCCUGAGUUUAAACCGGCAAAGUUAGAAAAAUAAAGUUUGGGUAAACAGCAAGCUGGAACAUCGUAUCCAUUUGUAAAGACUGAAAUCUUUAUCCACCCUCCACUCCCUGCUUCGAUGGAAGAUUGAGAAAAUUGUCUGGCUUAUCACCAGUUUACACAACUUUUGCUUCUGUUAAUAGGCUGUUUGGUAUUAAGAUCAUGGGAAGUUUCAAAGGUCAUGCCCUUCCUGGAAGCUUCUUUUUCAUCAUGGGUUUUUGGUGGAGUACAAAGAGUAUUUUGAAGUAUGUCUGCAAAAAGCAAAAGAGGACUUGCCACCUCGGUUCCAAAACAUUUUUCCAUCGAAUAGAAAUUUUGGAGGGAAUUGUAAUAAUCAGCAUGGCCUUAACUGGCAUAGCUGGGGAGCAGUUUAUUUCUGGAGGACCCUACCUGACUUUGUACAAGGAGGGCCAGUGGAACCAGCUCGCAGGCUGGCAUCAUUGCACCAUGUAUUUCUUCUUCGGGCUGCUCGGGGUGGCUAACAUCUUAUGCUUCACCAUCAGCUCACUUCCCGUCUCCUUAAGCAAGUUAAUGUUGUCCAACGCGUUAUUUGUGGAGACUUUUAUCUUCCAAAAUCAUACUCACGGCCGGGAAGUGCUGGACGUGUUUGUGCACCAGAUGCUGGUCUUGGUCUCCUUUCUGGCAGGCCUGCUUGCCUUCAUGGAGUUCCUUACGCGGAACAACGUGCUCCUGGAGCUGCUGCGGACGAGCCUCAUCCUGCUGCAGGGGAGCUGGCUAUGGCAGAUUGGUUUUGUCCUGUAUCCCCCCAGUGGAGGUCCUGCAUGGGACCUGACUGAUCAUGAAAACAUUAUGUUUCUCACCAUAUGCUUUUGUUGGCAUUAUGCAUUGGCCUAUGUCAUCAUUGGAGUGAAUUAUGCUUUUAUCACCUGGUUGGUAAAAUCUAGACUUAGGAGACUCUGCUCCUCAGAAAUUGGACUUCUGAAAAAUACUGAACGAGAACAUGAAUCAGAAGAAGAGAUGUGACUUUCAUGGGCAGUCAAUCUACUUAGAUAAACAUUUUCCUUUUUUGCACUGUCUUUGCUCAUUAUUUUCUUUCUUGACCAUUUGAAAAACAAGUGGCUGAAGAUGACUCCAUACAGCUUAUGUUUUAAAUUUUGUUGAAAUAUUUGAAUUUAAAUAUUUUGUUUUUAGUUUUGAGACACUUUGGGUGAUAAGUUCAUUUUGCAUAUCAUUCAUAUCAUGGUAUUCAGAGUCUAGACUGAUUUUCCCAACAUCAGCCAUAGUUUGAGAAUUGCACUACAAAAAAUGUUUCAUUGCCUUAUGGACAUAUGUUGAAUGUUUGCUGCCAUUGAACCGAUUGAACAUAGAAUUAUAAUUGUUUAUCUUUUCGUUUCAAUGGAAAAUAAAUGAAGGCAUAUAAGCUAGUGCAGAAACCUCAAA